GAUCCGACGUUCACCCCAGGUGGAUCGGUGUUUUUUUGUGUAACAAUCAUGCCACAGAGCCCUGCUGCAGUUGCUGCUGCUAGGUAGUGACAGUUUGACGCCCUGUGAUCUUCAGUUGUCAUCGAAUCGGUGUUCGCGGAGUGCGUUGGAGGACCGACGGAAAGCAUGACCUACGGCGCGCGUAGUUGGAUUGGCCGGAUCGGAAGUUUAGUAUCGUUACUAGCUUUGAUUGGUUCCGUUGAAAGUGGUGAUCGGUUUAUCGACCAAGUUGAGUAUGGAAAAUUUCCCAAACUGUACGACUACGAUGAUUUCGAAGCCUGUCGGCGUAACUUUCGAGAACAGUACAUCUAUUGCGUCGUGAAAGCCAACAUCCGCCCGGACAACGAGUCGCUCGUGUGGAGGAGUAUUAGUCACUUUUCCGAAGAUGAACGUCACUAUCAACAUCGGAUGCAGGAGCGUGGUUUGUGCGUUCAGCAGUGCGACCUGUCGAUCGGCAAGGGGCAGGCGGUCACUUCCGAGGGCCACACCCAUGCCGACCAGCUCCGAACCUGUAUCAACUCGCAACUGCUGGCGGAGUACGGCUUGCAGGUAGAAUCGGACGUGGAAAUCUUCCACUGUUACAACAAGUUUAACGAAAACCUACCGUUCGACUGGCUGGAAAUUAUGUUCAUGGCUCUAGCCCUGCUGCUGUUGGUAGCGGUUUGUUUUUCAACCUGGUACGAUCUACUAAUCGAAUCGGCGUCCGGCUUUCCGGACAAUUACUUUUCAAGGUCGCACAACACCAGCAACGAUCGGCUGCUGACGGCUUUCUCCAUACCACGAAACAUCCGCCGGCUGAAGGAACCGAUUGACAGUUUAACCAAGAAAGAUAUGGCAUUCGUAGAAGCCUUUCGAUUUGGGCAAAUGCAUCGAGUCAUACUGUUGCACAUCAUUCUGGUGAUGGUGAAGGUCCCGAAGGUCAACCCGGAAGGAAUCGAAAAGAAGCUCUACCACCCAUUAACGGUACACUAUGUAGCGGAGUUCCAGCAUUAUGUUCAGAGCUUCUUCUCGAUAUCCGGAAUGCUGCUGGCCGUUAACUUUCUCGAACAUAUUGAGGCAAAUCCCAAAUUCGAUAUGCAGUAUUUCUGGAGUCGUUUACGAGCUCGUUUGUACCGAUUAGUACCGGCUUAUGCUUUCAUCAUUCUUUUGGAGGCAUCGAUCAGUCGACGGUUCAUGAGCGGUCCAAUUGGUCAACACUUGGUUGGGGACUCUCAUGGCAAAUGUCGCAAGUUGUGGUGGUCUAAUCUGCUGUUCGUCAACAACUACAGCUACUCGGAUAGUCCGUGUCUAAUCCAAUCGUGGUACCUAUCGGCAGAUAUGCAGCUUUACAUUUUCGCCCUCGGGACGUUGAUGGUAAUCUGGCGAUGGCCAGUUCUUAAGCGAUAUCUACUGACGGCUGGCAUUGCGUGGGGAUUCAUCCUAACCACCAUCGUAGUGUACACCAGGAAUGUCUCUCCGGUCAUGACCGAGGACCUAAAGUUGAACGAGCAAUACAACUUCGGCCACAGUUAUUUCCAGCUGUACCAACCGUUUCACAUGAACAUUAGUAUCUAUUUCGCUGGAAUGUUGGCCGGCUUCAUCUAUCACCGGUAUCGCUCUACACGCCGAGAUUUUCUGAAGUCACGCCUGCAGAUCAACACAUUCUGGACUCUGGUGCUGGUGUACUUCUUCACCUGUUUUACCGACAGUUGGGUCGUGGAACAUCGAUCUACGAUGUCACCUUUGGUGCUAGCUUUGUACGCCACCGUAUUCAAGCACUCCUGGGGAGUGCUCUGUACCGUGAUACAUCUGCGAUCAGCGCUGCAGACUCGGCGAUCGCGCUUUCGCAGUUUCUGCGGCCAUCCGAUAUUCCGAGUGCUGGGCAAGCUGUGCUACAGCUUCUUUCUGAUUCAUUUCACCGUGAUUCUGCAGGUGCUCGGUUCGGUUAAGCAACCGAUCUAUUUUAGCCCCCGGGGGGUGGUUGAAUUUAUGAUGAGCAUUCAAAUGUGGACGCUGCUGUACGGGACGCUUCUGUGCAUACUAAUUGAGCUCCCGAUGAAUGUUGCUCUACGGGAGCUGUUGGAACGGAGAAAAGAGCGCUCGCCAACAGUGGCGACGGAAACCGAAAUUACUGAUCGAGCGAAGUCAAGCAGGGGAUAGUCACAAUUUAACCAAAAAAAAGAGACAGAGAUUAAAUUUUUGUAACUUUAAAAAACAAAACUGUUAUUUGUUAUUUGACCUAAGCAGUGGAUUAGCUUCAUACUUCUAACAUAAAAUAGAAUGUACGUUGGUUAUACUUUCAGCUGAGCAGUCACAAA